AUGAAAUUGGAUUACACCAAUAAUAAAUUACAUGGAUAUCAAAGGCACAAGCAAUUGGCAGACAAUGGACUUCUAUUCACAUCUGUAAUGCUGAAUUGUUGUUUUUUUAGGAUGCAUAUGAUAUUAUCAUUAAAUAUGUUGCUGAUAAUAAUUAUAUGUAAAAUAUUGUGUAUAUUUAUUAUUUUACCUAUUUUAUUAAUAAUUUUGAGAAAAUAUUAUUCCAAAAAGCGAACAGAGAGAUCUCACAAAGAAACAGUUGUGGGUUUUUUUCACCCAUAUUGUAAUUCAGGUGGUGGUGGUGAAAGAGUACUUUGGGCUGCUAUUAAUGCUAUACAAACCAAAUAUCCUAAUAUACAUAUAGUUAUUUAUACUGGAGAUCUUGAUGCACAUCCGGAACAAAUUUUAAAUAAGACAGAAAAAGUAUUUAACUAUAAAAUUGAACAUAAAAUUGAAUUUGUAUAUUUACAUAGACGAAAAUGGGUAGAAGCUUCAAUGUAUCCUUAUUUUACCCUUUUGGGACAGAGUUUAGGAUCAAUUUGGUUAGGUCUUGAAGCUUUAAAUAGUUUUGUGCCAGAUAUUUACAUUGAUACCAUGGGUUAUGCAUUUACAUAUCCACUAUUUAGAUAUAUUGGUGGAUGUCGAGUAGCAACAUAUACUCAUUAUCCUACAAUUUCAACUGAUAUGUUAAGACAUAUUUAUAAAAGAGUUAUCUCUCAUACCAAUAAAAGAGUUAUAGCUAGAAAUCCAUUUUUAUCAGCAGCCAAACUUAUUUAUUAUAAAUUAUUUGGAUUUAUAUAUGGUUGGGUUGGUAGUAGAGCAGAAAUUAUAAUGGUUAAUUCUUCAUGGACUGAAGAUCACAUUAACACAAUUUGGAAAUGUCCACUAAAAACUCACAAAAUUUAUCCACCAUGCGAUGUAAAGCACUUAACAUCACUACCAUUUCUCAAGGAUGAUGAAAACUGUGACAGUAUUCGCAUAGUAUCAAUUGCACAAUUCAGACCAGAAAAAAAUCAUCCAUUAAUGUUAAAAGCUAUAUAUGAACUUAGAUCAAUUGUUAAAGAAGAAAUUUGGGAAAAAGUUCGUCUAAUUCUCAUUGGAUCCUGUCGAAAUUUUGAAGAUGACGUACGCAUGAAAGAUAUGCAAGAUUUAUCAAAACAUUUUGCAUUAGAUGAAAAUGUAGAAUUUAAAUUAAAUAUACCAUAUUCAGAACUUCUAUUAGAACUUCAACGAGCAACAAUAGGUUUACAUACAAUGUGGAAUGAACAUUUUGGUAUUAGCAUUGUUGAAUGUAUGGCAGCAGGAUUAAUUGUAAUAGCUCAUGCUUCUGGUGGUCCAAAAGCUGAUAUAAUAGAAACACAACCAGGAUCUCAAAAUGGAUUUUUAGCUACAGAAGCUGAAGAAUAUGCAACAAUUAUGGCACAUAUUAUUAAUAUGCAUCCGAAAGAUAGAAAUGCUAUUAGAACAGUUGCUAGAGCGUCUGUAAACCGGUUUUCAGAUGAAAUAUUCGAAAGAGAAUUUUUGCGAACUAUAGAACCAUUUUUUAGACAAAAACAGGAAUGAUAAUCCUUAAAUAUUAAACUUUAUUACAUUUUUUUAAUUUUUUUUAUUUUUACUUUCGUAAAAAGUAUUUCAAAAAAAGUUUUUAAAAUGAUUCGUUUAUCAAUUUAAUAA